ACCAUCUGAGGAAAACAGCUCUCACUGUCCAUCCUACCGAACGCUCUGAUUAUCUUAUAUGUCUCAGUUAAGUCUCCUUUCAAUGUACUUCUCACCAACGAAUACAGUGAGUUCUAGAACAGCGGUCUUCCAAACCCAUCACAAGCUGACCCCUAGCCUCCAGACCGCCCUGUCUCCAGACCACACCGAUGUUCACCUUGAGGAUCAUGAGUCUGGGAGAUUGCUCCAGACCCUUACGGUGGGUUGAGGAUACCGUGCUGCAGUGAUUUUUCUGCCAACCCUGGGAGGCAGCUACACCAAGCCGGUAGGCAGUUAUGCCAGGGUGCGAGGCAGUUACACCAGUCUGGGAGGUGGAUAUACCAGGCACAAAACUGCUAUACCAGGCCAGGCCAGGGGAUCGUUCCACCAGGCCAGGAAGUUGCUGCGCCAGGCCGGGAGGUUGCUGUGCCAGGCCGGGAGGUUGUUAUAUUCGGCCGGGAGGUUGUUAUAUUCGGCCAGGAGGUUGCUGUGCGAGGCCGGGAGGUUGUCACACCAGGCCGGGAGGUUGUUGUGCGAGGCCGGGAGGUUGUCACACCAGGCCGGGAGGUUGUUAUAUUCGGCCAGGAGGUUGUUGUGCCUGGCCGGGAGGUUGUUGUGUCAGGCCGGGAGGUUGUUGUGCCAGGCCGGGAGAUUGUUGUGCCAGGCCGGGAGGUUGUUGUGCCAGGCCGGGAGUUUGCUGUGCCAGGCCGGGAGGUUGUUAUAUUCGGCCGGGAGGUUGUUAUAUUCGGCCAGGGGGUUGUUGUGCCUGGCCGGGAGGUUGUUAUAUUCGGCCAGGAGGUUGUUAUGCCAGGCCGGGAGGUUGUUGUGCCAGACGGGAGGUUGUUGUGCCAGACCGGGAGAUUGUUGUGCCAGGCCGGGAGGUUGUCACACCAGGCCGGGAGGUUGUUAUAUUCGGCCAGGAGGUUGUUGUGCUAGGACGGGUGUUUGCUGUGCCAGGCUCCGAGGUUGUUGUGCCAGGCCGGGGGGUUGUUAUAUUCGGCCAGGAGGUUGUCACAACAGUCCGGCAGGUUAUUGUGCCAGGCCCGGAGUUUGCUGUGCCAGGCCGGGAGGUUGCUGUGCCAGGCCGGGAGGUUGUCACACCAGGCCGGGAGGUUGCUGUGCCAGGCUGGGAGGUUGUUAUAUUCAGCCGGGAGGUUGUUGUGCCUGGCCAGGAGGUUGUCACACCCGGCUGGGAAGUUGUUGUGCCAGGCCGAGAGGUUGUUGUGCCAGGCCGGCAGGUUGUUAUAUUCGGCCGGGAGGUUGUUAUAUUCGGCCAGGAGUUUGUUGUGCCUGGCCGGGAGGUUGUUGUGCCAGGCCGGGAGGUUGUUGUGCCAGGCCGGGAGGUUGUCGCACCAGGCCGGGAGGUUGUCACACCAGGCCGGGAGGUUGUUACAUUCGGCCAGGAGGUUGUUGUGCCAGGCCGGGAGUUUGCUGUGCCAGGCCCCGAGGUUGUUGUGCCAGGCUGGGAGGUUGUUGUGCCAGGAUGGGUGUUUGCUGUGCCAGGCUCCGAGGUUGUUGUGCCAGGCCGGGGGGUUGUUAUAUUCGGCCGGGAGGUUGUCACACCAGUCCGGCAGGUUGUUGUCCCAUGCCGGGAGCUUGCUGUGCCAGGCCGGGAGGUUGUCACACCAGUCCGACAGGUUGUUCUACCAGGCCAGGAAAUUGUGCCAGGCCGGGAGGUUUUUGUGCCUGGCCGGGAGAUUGUUAUAUUCGGCCGUGAGGUUGCUGUGCCAGGCCGGGAGGUUGUGCCUGGCUGGGAGGUUGCUGUGCCAGCCUGGGAGGUUGUUAUAUUCAGCCAGGAGGUUGUUGUGCCAGGCCAGGAGGUUGUCCCACCCGGCUGGGAAGUUGUUGUGCCAGGCCGAGAGGUUGUUGUGUCAGGCCGGCAGGUUGUUAUAUUCGGCCGGGAGGUUGUCACACCAGUCCGGCAGGUUGUUGUGCUAGGCUGGGAGGGUGCUGUUCCAGGCCGGGAAUUUGUUAUAUUUGUCCGGGAUUUUGCUGUGCCAGGCCGGGAGGUUGUGCCUGGCUGGGAGGUUGCUGUGCCAGGCUGGGAGGUUGUUAUAUUUAGCCGGGAGGUUGUUGUGCCAGGCCGGGAGGUUGUCACACCAGGCCGGGAAGUUGUUGUGCCAGGCCGGGAGGUUGUUGUGCCAGGCCGGCAGGUUGUUAUAUUCGGCCGGGAGGUUGUCACACCAGUCCGGCAGGUUGUUGUGCCAGGCUGGGAGGUUGCUGUUCCAGGCCGGGAGUUUAUUAUAUUUGGCCGGGAUUUUGCUGUGCCAGGCCGGGAGGUUGUUGUGCCAGGCCGGGAGGUUGUCACACCAGGCCAGGAGUUGCUGUGCCUGGCCAGGAGAUUAUCACACCAGGCCGAGGAGGUUGCUGUGCCAGGCCGGGAGGUUGUUGUGCCAGGCCUGGAGGUUGUCACACCAGGCCGGGAGAUUGUUGUGCCUGGCCGGGAGGUUGUCACACCAGGCCAGGAGUUGCUGUGCCUGGCCAGGAGAUUAUCACACCAGGCCAAGGAGGUUGCUGUGCCAGGCCGGGAGGUUGUUGUGCCAGGCCGGGAAGUUGUGGUGCCUGGCUGGGAGAUUGUUGUGCCUAGCUGGGAGGUUGUUGUGCCUGGCCGGGAGAUUGUUGUGCCUGGCUGGGCGGUUGCUGUGCCAGGCCAGGAGAUUGUCACACCAGGCCAGGAGAUUGUUGUGCCAGGCCGGGGGUUUGCUGUGCCAGGCCGGGAGGUUGUUAUAUUCGGCCGGGAGGUUGUCGCACCAGGCCGGGAGGUUGUCACACCAGGCCGGGAGGUUGUUGUCCCAGGCCGGGAGCUUGCUGUGCCAGGCCGGGAGAUUGUCACACCAGGCUGGGAAGUUGUUGUGCCAGGCCGGGAGGUUGUUGUGCCAGGCCGGCAGGUUGUUAAAUUCGGCAGGGCGGUUGUCACACCAGUCCGGCAGGUUGUUGUGCCAGGCUGGGAGGUUGCUGUUCCAGGCCGGGAGUUUGUUAUAUUUGGCCGGGAGUUUGCUGUGCCAGGCCGGGAGGUUGUUGUGCCAGGCCGGGAGGUGGUCACACCAGGCCAGGAGUUGCUGUGCCUGGCCAGGAGGUUGCUGUGCCAGGCCAGGAGAUUGUCACACCAGGCCGAGGAGGUUGCUGUGCCAGGCCGGGAGGUGGUCACACCAGGCCAGGAGUUGCUGUGCCUGGCCAGGAGGUUGCUGUGCCAGGCCAGGAGAUUGUCACACCAGGCCGAGGAGGUUGCUGUGCCAGGCCGGGAGGUUUUGUGCCAGGCCGGGAGGUUGUCACACCAGGCCGGGAGAUUGGUGUGCCUGGCCGGGAGGUUGUUGUGCCAGGCCAGGAGGUUGUUGUGCCUGGCUGGGAGAUUGUUGUGCCUGGCUGGGAGGUUGUGCCAGGCCAGGAGAUUGUCACACCAGUCCGGCAGGUUGUUGUGCCAGGCCGGGAGGUUGUUGUGCCAGGCCGGGAGUUUGCUGUGCCAGGCUGGGAGGUUGUUAUAUUCGGCCGGGAGGUUGUCGCACCAGGCCGGGAGGUUGUUGUCCCAGGCCGGGAGCUUGCUGUGCCAGGCGGGAGGUUGUCACACCAGUCUGGCAGGUUGCUAUUCCAGGCCGGGAGUUUGUUAUAUUUGGCCGGGAUUUUGCUGUGCCAGGCCGGGAGGUUGUUUGCCUGGCCGGGAGGUUGUCACACCAGGCCGGGAGAUUGUUGUGCCUGGCCGGGAGGUUGUUGUGCCGGGCCAGGUGAUUGUUGUGCCUGGCUGGGAGGCUGUGCCAGGCCAGAAGAUUGUCACACCAAUCCGGCAGGUUGUUGUGCCAGGCUGGGAGGCUGUCACACCAGGCCGGGAGGUUGCUGUGCCAGGCCGGGAGGUUGUCACACCAGGCCGGGAGGUUGUUAUAUUCGGCCAGGAGGUUGUUAUGCCUGGCCGGGAGGUUGUUGUGCCAGGCCGGGAGGUUGUUGUGCCAGGCCGGCAGGUUGUUGUGCCAGGCCGGGAGGUUGUUAUAUUCGGCCAGGAGGUUGUCACACCAGGCCGGGAGGUUGUUAUAUUCGGCCAGGAGGUUGUUAUGCCUGGCCGGGAGGUUGUUGUGCCAGGCCGGGAGGUUGUUGUGCCAGGCCGGGAGGUUGUUAUAUUCGGACAGGAGGUUGUUGUGCCAGGCCGGGAGGUUGUUAUAUUCGGCCAGGAGGUUGUUAUGCCUGGCCGGGAGGUUGUUGUGCCAGGCCGGGAGGUUGUUGUGCCAGGCCGGGAGGUUGUUAUAUUCAGCCAGGAGGUUGUCACACCACGCCGGGAGGUUGUUAUAUUCGUCCAGGAGGUUGCUGUGCCAGGCCGGGAGGUUUUGCGCCAGGGCGGGAGGUUGUCACACCAGGCCAGGAGAUUCCUGUGCCAGGCCAGGAGGUUGUUGUGCCAGGCCGGGAGGUUGUUAUAUUCGACCGGGAGGUUGCUGUGCCAGGCCGGGAGCUUGCUGUGCCAGGUCGGGAGGUUGUUGUGCCUGGCCGGUGGGUUGUCACCCCAGGCCGGGAGGUUGUUGUGCCAGGCCGGGAGGUUGCUGUGCCAGGCCAGGAGGUUGCUGUGCCAGGCCGGGAGGUUGCUGUGCCAGGCCAGGAGGUUGUUGUUCCUGGCCGGGCAGUUGCUGUGCAGGGCCGGGAGGUUGUUGUGCCAGGCCGGUGGGUUGUCACCCCAGGCCGGGGGGUUGUUGUGCCUGACCAGGAGGUUGUUGUGCCAGGCCGGGAGGUUGUUGUGCCAGGCCGGGAGUUUGCUGUGCCAGACCGGAGCUCAUCACGCCAGGCUUGGAGGUUGUUAUUUUCAGCCGGGAGGUUGCUGUGCCAGGCCGGGAGAUUGUCACACUAGGCCGGGAGGUUGUUGUGCCGGCCCAGGAGGUUGCUGUGCCAGGCCGGGAGGUUGUUGUGCCAGGCCUGGAGUUGUUGUGCCUGGCCGUGGAGUUUGUUAUAUUCGGCCGGGAGGUUGCUGUGCCAGGCCGGGAGGUUGUUGUGCCAGCCCAGGAGGUUGCUGUGCCAGGCCGGGAGGUUGUUGUGCCUGGCCUGGAGUUGUUGUGCCUGGCCGUGGAGUUUGUUAUAUUCGGCCGGGAGGUUGCUGUGCCAGGCCGGGAGGUUGUAGUGCCAGGCCGGGAGGUUGUUGUUCCUGGCCGGGAGGUUAUCACACCAGGUCGGGACGUUGUUGUACCCGGCCGGGAGGUUGUCACACCAGGCCGGGAGGUUGCUGUGCCAGGCUGGGAGGUUGUCACACCAGGCCAGGAGGUUGUUUUACCAGGCUGUGCCAGGUCGGGAGGUUGUUUCGCCAGGCCGGGAGGUUGUUGUGCCAGGCCGGGAGGUUGUUGUGCCAGACCGAGAGGUUGUUUCGCCAGGCCGGGAGGUUGCUGUGCCAGGCCGGGAGGUUAUUAUAUUCGGCUGGGAGGUUGCUGUGCCAGGCCAGGAAGUUGUCACACCAGGUUGGGAGGUUGCUGUGCCGGGCCGGGAGGUUGCUGUGCCAGGCCGGGAGGUUGUCACACCAGGCCAGGAGGUUGUUGUGCCAGACCAGGAGAUUGUCACACCAGGACUAUUAG